AUGGUUUGUUGUGGAGUCGUUGACGGACGGGAAAGCCAACUUAAGGCUCUCCGUGCCAAGACCGGCCGGGAAUUUCCUCAGCUUCCGGAAGGUUGGCUGGUUUCUAUCAAAGCCACGGACUUCUUUUUCCCAACUGCUAUACGAGGGUGGCUGAUGAACUACAAUUCCUUGUUUUCAUCCCUCACGUGUACUCCCAGCACUCCAGACAUCAUGUCCUCCCAAUCAGAGCAGCAGCCCCAGUCCACCAACCCUGAUGAUCACCCUAACGCCUGGGGAAAGGUGGAGCGUAAAUUCACCAGCAAAAGUGCAAGCGAGUAUUAUGAUCCUUGCCAGGAUUUUGCUGACCGCAGCCUGAAAUGCAUGAAGCGGAAUGGCUUUGACAAGGAAAUGUGCGGCGAUUAUUUCCAAGCUUAUCGCGACUGCAAGAAACAAUGGUUGACUCAGAAAAAGCUCGCCCGGUAG